AUGAGUGGAAAGACUCAUUUUGGUAAAAGGUCGAAUUGGGAAAAGGUCAAAAUCCCUGACCGAAAGGGCGGAACCAUACGUAAAAAGAAGUAUCAGUCUCACAGGAUUCUCGAAAUGCGGAAACGAGUUGGCCAACUGCCAAGCAGACGCAUUUCCGAUUCGGAAGGUGGAUCGGUGGGCUCGGCAGGUGGUCCGUGCAGUCGCGGACCGGAAAGUGGCCGCAUUCAGCUGCGAGAGCAAGCCCGACCGCAUGGCUCUACGGAGGGACUGUGCCCAGCUGGCUACAACUCAGCGGCUGUGCAGCUGAAUCCGCCGAUGUCAACUGACCGGAGCAAGCAGUCCUGGGCUAUCCGAAAAUCUUAUGAAAAAGAGGCUUUUGUGGCUAGACGAAACCUGUCUUGGAUCAGUUAUGCGAGAUCAGUGCUCGAUCUUCAAGACAUCGUCAUGCUAUGUUUGCAGUGCGCAGUUUUACUGGUUUUAACACCUUUCAGCGUUGCUCAGUUUCACCGAAAUCGGCUCUCUGUUAUCCAACCUGGAUUUGUUCGCAGUCGGACUUUUUCCCGCCACAACGCUAACGGUGGUGGACGUGACCGAGCCGUAGCACCGUUACUGGAUUCCUCGCGAGCUUUGCCCUGUUGUCAGGAUGAAUCAGGAGGUGCCGUGUGCAGAUCAAUGAAAGCGAAUGAUCCUGAGGGAUUCCUUAAAAAGUGCAAUACGGAGCCCGACUUCUCGCUUGUGAUUUGCUGCAAAGCUUGCAACGACGUUACGGUCAAUUACAAGGAACGUGGAGCAUUAUUCUUCAACUCACAGAACGACAACACCCAGUGUUUCGAUCGCAUGAGCUCGAACUACUGCAGUAGAUUUCAGUCAAAUACAGACACAUGGAGUGCUAAAAGGUGGUCCUGCAACUCACAACAUUUUCGGCUAGGCUUCCGAGUGUGCAGACAAAGCUGCGGCUUCUGCACGAUGGAUUGGAGGAACUCUCCAAAUCCUUUGAAAUGCACAUAA